UCUUUCGGUCGUAGGCCGACAGCAGACAGAUACCUGACAUUUAAAUAAGAUUCUGGCAUUACGCUUUCAAUCAUGUUCUCUGUUGGAUGACCACGCAAAGGGGCGGGGACAGGCACAUGCGCUUUUAAAGUUGCACUCCAUUGGUAAAUGUAUCUUCCUUAGAGCGUGCUGAGGGGGUGAUGAUGGGCGUUCGUGUGAUGUGCACUUGCUACCUCACAAAAUACAGCAACAAGUCAGAAAACUAUAUGUGGAUACAUAUACAGAGCUGGGAUGUUUCAGAAUAAAACCACAGAGAUGUCAUUCUGUGACCUCAACAGGGCACUCCGCCGAUGAGGUCUGAGGCACUCAUGAGAGAGACCUGAUCAGCCCUCGCUGCCACUGCUGCUGCCGCCACCGCCGCACAUCCCAGGGGGCAAGCAGGAUCCCUUCAAGCAGGAUCCUGUUCCUUCCCACUUUUUCCUGUGCGUGUUGGUCCUCGGCUAUCGUCCGAAACUGUUUCUCCAACGCUUCUUCCAAAAACUCAGACUGUUUUCCAAAGCAGACGUGGCCCAGCCGCCACAGGCAGACGUGAUGGGGAGUGUGCGCGCCCACCGCUACAGCAUUGUCUCCUCGGAGGAGGGCGGCAUGAAGCUGGCCACCAUUGCCGUGCCCAACGGCUACGGCAACGGCAACGCGGGCGGCAAAGUGCACACGCAGCACCAGGCCCAAAGCCGCUUUGUCGACAAGAACGGCCACUGCAACGUGCAAUUCAUCAACAUGAGCGAGAAGGGCCAGCGCUACAUGUCCGACCUCUUCACCACCUGCGUGGACAUCCGCUGGCGCUGGAUGCUGGUCCUCUUUUGCCUGUCCUUCCUGCUCUCCUGGCUGUUCUUUGGCUUCAUCUUUUGGCUCGUGGCGCUGUCGUACGGAGACUUAGAGAGGAGCGAGCAGUUGUGCGUGUCAAACGUGGACAGCUUCACAGCAGCGUUCCUAUUCUCCGUAGAGACGCAGACCACCAUCGGCUACGGCUACCGGUACGUGACGGAGGACUGCCCCAUCGCCGUCUUCAUGGUGGUCUUCCAGAGCAUCGUGGGCUGCAUCAUCGACGCUUUCAUCAUCGGCGCCAUCAUGGCUAAGAUGGCCAAACCCAAGAAGAGGAACGAGACGCUGAUCUUCAGCCACUACGCCACCAUCGCCAUGAGGGACAACAAGCUGUGCCUGAUGUGGCGCGUGGGCAACCUGCGCAAGAGCCACCUGGUGGAGGCGCACGUCCGCGCCCAGCUCCUCAAGUCCCGCACGACGGCUGAGGGCGAGUUCAUCCCGCUGGACCAGAUGGACGUCGAUGUGGGCUUCGACAGUGGCAUCGACCGCAUCUUCCUGGUGUCGCCCAUCACCAUCGUCCAUGAGAUCGACGAGGACAGCCCCUUUUACGAAAUGAACCGGCAGGAGCUGGAGACCUCCGAGUUCGAGAUUGUGGUUAUCCUGGAGGGCAUGGUGGAGGCCACGGCCAUGACCACCCAGUGCCGCAGCUCCUACGUGGCCAGCGAGAUCCUGUGGGGCCACCGCUUCGAGCAGGUCCUCUCAGAGGAGAAGAACCACUACAAGGUGGACUACUCGCGCUUUAACAACACCUACGAGGUGCCCAGCACGCCUGCUUGCAGUGCCAAGGAUCUGGCUGAGAAGAAAUAUGUGAGGUCGAGCUCUAACUCAUUCUGUUACGAGAACGAGGUGGCCCUGAUGGAUAAGGAGGAGGAGGAAUUGGAGGAGAAAGACGACGACGACGACGAAGGAGCAAAGAAAGUCGGGGACAAGAGCAUAGAACUAGAGGGCACAAACAUGGACACCAGUUCAGAUUCACUGUCCGAUCAGGACACAGUGCCUUUAGAAGCAAGGCCACUGAGACGAGAGUCUGAGAUAUGACAGCUUGGUUGCACAGGGGGAAAAAAAAGAAAAAU